UCUAAGUGGGAGAACUUGCAAAAUAGCAGGGUGUUCAAAUACUUAUUUUCCUCACUGUAUACCCGUGCAGAAAAUCAACAGAGCCCGUAUUCGUGUUCAAAUGCAGUGGCCUGGCUCUUUGUGCACUUCUUAAAGGAUGAAGUGUCUCUUCGGGUGUCCGACAAUGACUGAAUCGCAACGGCUGAAUGCCAAGUCUCUCCUCCAAAAGUGUUACAAGGGGGCUGAAGAGGCAAGGCAUCGUCACCUAAAAGUGCUGCUGACUGCUUGAUUGUUAAUUACUGUUAUUAGUAUUAUUCUUUGAAAGCCUGUCAUUGAAGGUUACAGUAAUUUGCAUCACAGUUUGGCUUAGAAUAACAUUCACUCAACAGGUUUUUGCUAAUGUGCCAAGAAAUUCAAGAUGUUGCACUUGAGUGAUUAAUGAACAAUGGGAAGACUUCCAGAGAACAACAGUAAUUAUACUGAAAAUGUGACAUGCACUUUAUUUAUCUGUUGAACUGUAAGACAAUUAACCUUCAAUUAAGUAUUUAGCAUCAAAUACCUUUGGACAUUCUGCUGAAAUAUAUUAAAAAAAUGAAACUGCUUCCCUAGCAACAAACCGCAAACAUGCACACAUGAGGGAAUGAGGCAAUAACUGCCUUAUAAGGCAAUUCCCACUGUUAUGUAAAAACAUGAAGCUGGUAUAUCCAGUUAUCAGGUGUACCGCACAGCCUCACCUGUGUACCUCAUUCAGAACUGGCUUUGUUACAUUUCUAUUCUAAUAAUCAGGGCUCUGACUCCUCCCACCAAAACCAGCAGAGCUUUUUGUUUAAUAUGUGUUUCCUUGACCUGGUUUCUGUGUGCCAAGAAGAGAUGUCGAAGGGCAGCGUCUUCAUUUCCUGAGACUGGAAAACAAAAUGACAGCAGCUAAUUUCAGUGUACAGGAUUCUUUCAGAGAUGGCAGCCUGGAGAGAUUUACUCAUUUUAAAAAAGAUGAGUUUGAAAGUGACUGGGAGAAACUGGCUGAGCGCAAGUUUGGUCGUGUCUAUAAGGUGAAGGUUAAAGUGUGGCGGGAAACAUGCGCCCUAAAGACAACGACUAAUGAUUACAGGAACAUGACAGAGAUGUCCAAAAUUGGAAGAAUGAAGUUCAAUUAUUUAAUCUCCAUUUAUGGAAUAAGCGAAGAUCCACCUGGUUUACUGAUGGAAUAUAUGAGAAAGGGAUCCUUGGACAACCUCCUCAGCAGUCAUUUCUUAAUGUGGCCUAAGAAGUUCCAAAUGAUCCACGAGAUGACAAUGGGCAUGAAUUUUCUGCACAGCAUGAAACCACCCAUUCUUCAUUUGAACUUGAAACCAGCCAACAUUCUCCUUGAUGAUCAUCUGCAUGUGAAGAUUUCAGAUUUUGGCCUCAUUAAAUGGGAGGAGUUUUCUGGUAAGACAGAGUUUAUUGAACACCUGACAGCUCGAGGGAACAUAAACUAUGUGCCUCCAGAGACCUUUACCCAGAAUCCUGAACCACCUGGAACAAAGUACGAUGUUUACAGCAUUUCUAUUAUUAUGUGGGAAAUUCUAACUCAGCAGCGUGCAUAUCAAGGUCUGAAUAUGACAGAAAUAUUAAUCAGAGUGUCAUCUGGCAAAAGGCCUGGUGUAGAGAAGAUCCCUGAAGACAAGCCCCCUGAGUGCGAGGACAUGAUUGGUGUCAUGCAGCAGUGUUGGCAUCAAGACUGCAGUCAGAGACCGGCUUUCUCUGAGACCGUUCGGUUGACUGAAGUCCUUAGCGAAGUCCUAAAAAUCCCAGACACGAAUGCAAGGGGUGAGAUAAGAAAGCGUCUGCCUGAACAGGUAUGGAACCCAAAGAAAACAGCUGACUCCUCAGAUGAUUCUAGUAUUCACUCUCUCCUUGUAAAGAAAGACUUUGAGAGCUUUAAGAAAGUUCUGCAAAAAGAGCACGUGUCUAUGGUCUUCCGAGACAACAACUCUCUCCUUCAUCACACCGUGGCAAGCGGGGACACAGAAAGUGCGCAGAUGGUCCUGAAUCUGGGAGCCUCGGUGAAUUGCCAGAGUGUAAAAGGCUACACCCCGCUCAUCGUUGCAGUUCUGCACAAAUUUUACGAGAUCUGCAGCUUGCUGACAGACUGUGGGGCUGACGUCAAUCUCAGCGAUGGCGACCAAUGGACCGCACUGCAUUUUGCCGUACAGGCUGGCGAUGACAGAGCCGUUCGCCUUUUGUUAGACAAUAAGGCGAGAGCCGAUGCCAAGGAGAAGGACGGGUGGACGCCUUUGCAUCUCGCUGCUCAGAACGGCCAUGAGCACAUUGUGAGAAUCCUGCUCCGGCGUCUGGAUGCCGUGGAUGAGCAGGAGCGCCAGUCUGGCCGUACGCCGCUUCACGUGGCUUGCAUUUACGGUCACGUGAACAUCGUCAACCUCUUACUCAAAAAUGGAGCUGACGUUAACAAACCGGAUAACAUUCAAUCCACUUCCCUACACUUGGCGGCAGAUGAGGGGCAGUUCAGGGUGGUCCGUUUGCUGGUUAAUAAUGGGGCUGAUGUGAAAACAGUCGAUGAGCAGAGCUACAGUCCCCUACAUUUUGCCGCUCUAAAGGGUUACACCGGUAUCUGCAGACUCCUGUUGAGUAAAGGAGUCGACCCCGAUAUCAGAACCUAUCAGAAUUGGACAGCCAUGCACCUGGCAGCCCUAAAAGGCCAUCCGGAGACUGUCCUCAUGUUGGAGGAGCACCAUGGCUCAGUCAACGUCCAAGGGAAAGAUGACUGGACUCCUCUGCACCUUGCUUGCCAUCAUGGGCAGGAGGAGGUGGCGACUGUGCUGCUAACAGCAGGUGCCGACCCUAACCUGGCCGAGGAUAACGGCUGGACACCCCUCCACUUAGCCUGUAACAGUAGCUGCUUCCCUAGUGUUCUGCAGCUGAUAUCUCACCAAGCCAAUGUGAACGCCCAGAAUAACAGCCAGUCGACUCCAUUGCAUUUAGCCGUCCAGCUCAGCAACCUCCCAAUCAUCAAAGCCUUGCUGAUGAAUAAUGCACAGCGGGAUAUGCAGGACUGGAAAGGAUGUACUGCCUUAACCUUGGCUCAACAGUGCAACAAUACAGAAGCCGUGGAGCUACUGAACAGCUAGCACACCGGUGGAGAUCCUGGCGGAGAGCAAGCCGUGUUUGGUGACAGAUAACUCCACCAUUAGAGGGAGUGGACCAUUGAUUUCUGCUAUCGAUUUCCUUCCUCCUGCAAAGCCUGUUCUUAUAAACAGUCCUGCUGUUGUUUGUGAGUUAGAUUCCUAGAAUUGAACGCCUUUGUUUGGGUUCGGUCAAGAGCUCAGGUGUGUUCUCAGAAUGGAAGUGUUAUGAAUGAAGGAUUACUAGCAGUAUGUAGUGGAAGUCAACAGAAAAUCUAAAUUGUGUUAGUUUAUUUAUCUUGAAUAAUUCAUCAGAGCGUGUUAUUCCUAAGAAGACAAUUGUUUGUUUUUGUCAUAUUUAAUCAAAAAAUAAUAACUUGCUCCAUCACUGAAAUGACUUUCUAUAUCUAUUUAUUCACUUAGGUCGCAUAGGCUAUUAAAAAAUGUUAAAGGGAUAAUUUACCCAUAAAUUAAAAUUCUGUCUUGAUUUAUUCAUCCUCAUGUUGUUCCAAAAUUGUAUGGCUUUAUUUUUUAUCUGUGGAACAUUAAAUAUUAUAUUAUGAAGAAUGCUGGUAACCAAAAUGUUUUGGUAACAAUUGGCUUUCAUUGUAUGGAGGAAAAAAAAAACACUGAGACAUUUUUCAAAAUAUAUUCUUUUAUGUUCCACAAAAGAAAGAAAAUCAAUGUAACGACAUUAGGGUGUGUAAAUGAUGACUUGAUUUUUUUUUUUGAGAGAAUUUUCCCUUUUAAUUAUUACACAGAUAACAAUUAUUUAGCACACUCGCAUUCGGUCUGGCUCCAUUCUGGUGUAUAACAAUCUAAUUUAUCCAGACAAAUUUUUUUCUUGCUGAAUAUCCAAUUUAAUUUAAAAACACAUCAUAUUAGAGGAGUAAAAUAAUUUAUUAAUGGUAAUUCAUGUGUGGUAUUUUGCAUGAUUCAAUACAUUCAUACUUGCAUGAAUUCCACAACUGUCAGACAUGCACAUGUCAUGGUGAAAAAAAUCAUAACCAUUCAUGGCAUUCAAAUGGCAUGUUACUUUCACAAACAAAAGCCAAAAAACCUGUUUGACAACAUGCUUAUCGCUUCUCAGCAGGCUUCCGCUCACGUUCGACAGCUUUGUCCUAAACACAAAGGGCAAAAAAAAAACUAUAUAGAAUGAAUGUAACAACCUCCAUUCUAUGUCAUUAUACAGUUGUGUGUGUAUGUGUGUGUAUAUAUAUAUAUAUAUAUAUAUAUAUAUAUAUAAUAACUGAACUGGUAGUAUGAUAGACAUCAUUACAUUAUUCAUAUUUAACAGGUGUAAACUUGUGACAGAAAUGCACCAGUUUUGUAUAUCACAAACUUUAAGGUACAUGACAUCUUAAGAUAAAGCAAUGUUAAUUUCAGUAAUUUCACAUACUCUCUUGGGUCACAGAGAAAGUUGUAAUGAGGAUUCUGAGCUUUUGAAACAAACAUCAGAAUAUCAAUCACUUUUUUAGCAAGGUUCUGGCUUGCGUUUUUUCCUCAAGUGAAUAUGUUAAUAAAACAUCAAUGCCUUGUGAAGGAAUCUGAACACAUGCAGCCCAUUAUCACAGACUGUGGUUUGCACUGCAGCCUCUCCACUGUGAUGUACAUGACACUUUUAAUGUCUCAUUAAAGUCUGCAUAAUAACAAAAGCGUCAACGGCACGAAUUGAUGCAAUCUUCAUUCAUAUGCAGUAACAUGAAAUUAAACAAUCUUUUAUGUAAUAGCAUGUUUCUCGGCUGUUUUUCUCAUGCAGAGGAACCUUGCUUGAGAUUAGAAAGUUCUGAAAAUGUGUAAAUAAUAUAAUUUCCUGUCGUGUCUAAUUCGAAGUAAGGAAAAGAAGAAGAAUUCUGCUCAGUGUGUGCUUGUGUGUUCAUGUUUAGACGGCAAACUGAAAAUCCUCAAUUUAAUGUAAUUAAAUAGUUGUUAGUGUCUGGA